AUGGCCGACUGUCAAUCAGCGACUAAAUUGGCCAUCUGUGACUUUGCUGAUAUUAACGAAGUUGGUAACCAAAAAGGGAAAAUGAAAGCCCUGGCAGAACAACUGAAGAGGGCAACGAGGCGCACGUCAAGAAGAAGAAAAAAGGGGGAUACCACGAAAAAUAACGGUCCACCUCAUAAUACUGAAAAAGGCCCUCAUCAUGACAAAGCGCCAGCACAAGUGCAAGGCCCAAAGGUUCAGAAUGACAGUGAGCCCAGGACACGUACUACCCCUCGUUCAACGAGUGGAAAAGAGCUAGACAUUCAUCAGCUAGUCUCAAGCAAAUCAAGUCAUAACGACGAGUGGAUCAUCGGCGGAACGUCGAACAAACAGGGAUUAGCGACAUCAGGGAAGUCUGACGGAAGACCGGUCGAUCAUAAUGAACUUCUCUCAAGCAGGUCGUCCCAUCAAUCAGAAUGGAUCAUCGGCGGGACGUCAAAACAACAAGAAGCCCAGAUAACAAAACAAAAUAGUAGCGUAAACAGUGAUCGUACCUUAGCAGGUACAGAGCAAACCAACCCCAACGAACCUCAAUCAGGCAAAUUGACGACAGCAAAGAAUUCUGAAUGGAUCCUAGGCACCGGACACGUGGCAGAUGCAAGAUCACAAACUCCUGAGCGGAGUUCAGCCGCCCCUAAGGAGCAAAUGGCUACGGCUAAAAGUGAUAGUGAAAUGAGUACCGCCAGAGGCUCCCCAUAUCAAGAGAAUCUCUCCCGCGAAGUGUUCGGUUAUGAUGAUGUACCACCCCCUACUGAACCAGAAAUCCUUCCCACCACAGCCGAAUCCGAUAUUAUGCUGAGUGCUAGAGGAGUACAUAGUCGCACAUGGCUCACGAAAUCUCGGGGUUUCUCAACACAACAUCAGCUAGCAGAAGAAAAAGGGCUCGCGCACACCCCACCUUCGGCAUUGGAUGCAAAAGCUCAUCGACAUCGUAAGCCGAGACGCGGUCGAAGCGGUGUCGCACUUGGCACAUCAUCUGAUUCGAGAUCUCUUAUGCGGUUCCGAUCAUAUCGGAUCAGAGAACGUCGAAAAAAACGUCUGAGGCCCCUCGACCUUUCUUUAAAAGUGAGACCAACUGAAGAAAAGAUGGCAGCUGACUGUACUGCCAAUCUCACUCCAUUAAAAGCUCCGAUAUCAAUUGAUUCUAUGCGGCAGUUAACCAGGAAUGGCGAUCAGAUUAACCUCAGACAGGUUCUUCGUAUCUAUGGGUCAGGAAUUGUUGAAGAGCCGUAUGCCUACUUACCCAGGGUAACUUCUCUACGAAGCACUCGUGGAAUGGUGACGGUCAAGUAUGGCACAAACAUGAUCGAAAUCGCUAUGCAAAACACCGACAUAACGCCUAGCAAACGUGGCCGUGUUGGUAGCUGGAUAUUUACGCCUUCCCAAUCACUGUACACAGUACCGGUAGUAUUCGGCAAGACGAAAAUCACAAAUGAAAAAGGCCCCGCACCGUAUUGUGUUUCUAUUGCUACCCCAUUCUGGGUCAGUUGCCAUCAAGAGCAGUACGCUUCCUCAAAAACUGGAGAACGUAUCCGCGAAAGUAUCGAAAUUCGUCAAUUUAAGGGCAGUGAAACGCCCUACUAUGCGAUGGUAGCACUGAAUACGACGGCACAUCCUCUCUUCAGUGAAUACGUCUAUCUAGGAAAAGGGGUUAUCCGCAUUGAUCGGAGUUGCUACAUUCCUACCGAAAAUAAGUGGAGAAAUUUCUUCGACGCUGGUGUCACCACAAAAACAAUGCGUCAAUAUCGAAUUCCACUUCCAUGGAGGGGAGGAGUCAGUAAUACCAACAUUCCUCGUGCUCCACCGAUCACAGAUAUUCAAACAACUGUCCGAAGUACGGCUAAGGAACAGAAGGAUGAAAAGUACGUAUUUAGUAAAUUGAAGAUGUUUCUAUUUGGCGGACUUUCGGCCCUGUCGGAAGAAUUGGCUCGAUGUGACGACCUGCUUUUGUCAGUGACCGUUGUUUUUGAACUAUGGACCCAUGCUUUACAGAAAAAUGUUGUUUCACUUCCCGUUGAAGCUAAACCAAGAUAA